UUUUAUCGCCGAUAUUGUCGAAUGAAAUUACGUCAGUGUCCUAAUUUACAUUGUAAAUGAUUUAUAACGGGUCGUAAUGGACGAAUCUGAGGAUAAUUUGAGUGCAGAGGAUAUAAAAUUUGUUGACAGUACAAGUUCUAUCAAAAUUAAAUCUAAAAAGAAAUCUCUUGUUGAGAGGGAAUUGGAAACAAGUUUAACUGCAAGAGUGACAUCUCCUGUAACCAAUUGGGAUAGUAGUAGCACUAGCCGUUAUGGGAGAGCUCGCAGGCUUAAAUCGGAGAUAGAUUCCAGUGAUUCUGAAAGAUCAGUCACAAAAGUUAUAAAAUCACCGAAGAUUGACAGAUCUCCAGUUCGAAUGCAGUCACCUGUAUAUAAAAUGCAUGCAUCAAAUUCACCGUUGAGCUUGGAAAAUUCUAAGCAAAUAGAAAAUAAACUUGAAACUCAAAUUGAGAAUAUAUAUAAUGAAAAUAUAUCAUUAAGUCGUUUUGGAUCCGACGAAAAAAAAAUUAUAUCACCUGCUAAAAAGUUUCCUAAAGUUUACAUAAGACAGGACCUGAUUCAAAGUAAGGAAAAAGACAAAGAAGAGACAAUAACAUUAAUAAAAACACUCUUUUCACCUGUAAACGUAAAUAACCCAUCCACUCAUAUGGGUAAUGUCUUAGAAAGGUCUUCCGAGAAAUAUAGCUUAGGUACAAAGCACCUUGAUACAUCAUCAGUGGUAAAAACAUUGGAUUUCGAUGGCAAUAAGAAGAAGAAAAAAGAAAUAAUAGAUAGUAAAAUAACUUUAUCUAAGAGUGAAAUUUUUGACAUGGAAGCAAAAUGUGAAUAUCAAGUUGGAGACUUAGCGUGGGCUAGAAUGGGCACAUAUCCAUUCUGGCCUUGUAUUGUCACUAGAGAUCCUGCCAGCGGAACAUUUGUAAAGAAGAAAUUAUUGGGUCGUUCGGAACGCGAAAUCAUACAUGUAACAUUUUUGGGUGACAAUGGUCGACGUGGAUGGAUAAUGCAAAGCAUGUUACGAAAGUUUCUCGGACAACUAGAGUUUGAAACAACUAGAGAAAAAUUUUCAGCAGAGGAAAAGAAACGAGAUCCUAGAUUAUAUGCAGCCUUCUUUAUAUCAGAAAAGAAACAACCCCAAUGGGCUAUAUCAGUGGAAGAAGCAGAAACUUUACUUCGUGAACCUAAAAGGCUAAGAAUAGAUUUAUUACGUGAUAUGCUAGGAAAUAAUAAAGUUGUUGCUAAAAUAGAAAAGAGAGUAACUAGAACAAAUAGUGAUGUUUCAUUAAGUGAGAGCUUAUAUGACACAUUGUUUUCUGAAGAUGACACAAAAAAUAAUGAUAAUGAACGUUCUAAAAACAAAACGAGAAAUAAAUCUUUAGAUGUAUCAGAAGUUGUUACAGCUUGUUUAGAUAACAUGGCUGCAAAAACUGGUAUAACUAAAAUUCAAAAACAAUCUCACAUGGACAGGUGGUUGCAAAAAGCUAAAUCAAAAACACCUGAGAAAUCUUUUUAUAAAUCACAAAAUAAAACUGAUAAAGAAUGUAAAUCGAACAAUGCAAAAUUUAAAUCCAAUGAAAAUUGGUCAAGACGAUCCCUCAGUCUUAGACGAUCUAGAAAAGAAUCUCAUGAUAUAAUCGAGGUUAAACUGUUAUCACAUCAAAAUGAACACGAUUAUAGUAAGAAAAAUUAUGAAGAAUUCACUAAACCUAUUAACAAUGAUAAAGUUGAUAUGACAUUAAAAGAAUUAAAUGAACAUCCCCAAGGAAUCACAUUGAAUGAAUCACAAGAAGAAAUGGUUAAUGAGUCGACAAAUAAUCAAUAUAAAGAUAGUUUAGUACAAAAUCAAUUAAUUGCAAUGAAAAAGGAUUCAACUCCAACUAGACUAAAUGAUACUGAGCUAAUGCAAAUAGAUUUAAAUGAUAAAGAAUUAGCUAGAGCAAAUUCUGAAACACUGCCUAAUAGUAUAGAUGAAGUUAGUAAUGAAUUUGAAGAUGUUAUAUAUCUAGAGCAAAAUAAAGACAUCUUAGAUAAUUCUGUUUUAGAAAAGAAAGUUCAAACUGUAGAUAUUGAACAUAGUGUUAAUGAAAUUGUGGAUUCAAAGUCGAAUUCUGAUCGAGAUGAGAGAAAUAUUGUUGAUAUUAAGAAAAAUCAUGUUGAAGUAAAAGAAUUAGACCAUGGGAAAUCAAAGAGUGUAUCAAACAAGAAUUUGUUUGAUUUUAUGGAUUCUAAUGACACAGAAAUACACGAGAAACCUAUAGAAAAUUACGUAGAUUUGAUUAAAUCAGACAAUGAUUUGUCAAACAAAAGAGUAUGUGAAUCUAGCGAUGUAGAACUGGGCACAGAAAAUAUAGAUAACCCAGAGAAUUAUAAAAAUCAUGAAGAUAUUACUGAAUCAUAUAAUAAUAGAUCAAAAAAUGUGCCAGACAAGAAUUUAUCUGAGACCAAUGAUAUAGAAAUGGAUGAAGAAAUUAUAAAUUUGCCAGAUAAUAGUGAAAAUCAUGUAGAUUUCAUUGAGUCAAACAAUCAAAUAUCAAAAAAUAUAUUGGACAAGAAUUUAGACGAGUCCAAUGACAUAGAAAUGAAAGUGAUUUGUGAAAACCAAGUUUUAAAUGUAAAAAAUUCAAUUACAAAUGUUUGUGAGUCAAUAGAAUUGAAUAAAUCACAGAAACUAAAUAAAAUAAAAGAUAUAGAGAAUAACCAGACAUUAGAGAACCAAAAAUCAGAAUCAGAAGAGAGUGAGGAAUCAAUUGAUAGUAGAUCUUUAAAAGAUGACCAACAGAGAGAAAAUCAAAUUUUAGAAGACAAUCAUGAAAAAUUGAAUAAUGCUAAUGUAAAAUUAAUUAAUUCUAACGAUAAUGAAGUCCCUAAUUCUUUCUCGAGUGGUUACUCAAGUUCAAUUCCAGAUGAAAAUGAUGUAGAGUAUAAUCUAAUACAAAUUUUUAAUGAUAAAGAAAUUUCUUCAAACAUAAAUGAUAGUGAUUCGACAUUGACUGAGGAGAAAUUGCCAAACUCUAAAACAUUACCCGAAGUUAUUAGAGAGAAUAGUGAUAUUAAUAAUCUCGAUAACACAAACAAUUUCAUUGAUAAAGUAAACAAAAUGCUGGAAAAUAAAGAAAUUGGUGAAUUACAUAAGAAUAUUAUCGAAGAGACAGAUAUGGACGAUAAUCCAGAUCAAAAACAGACUAGCGUUUUUAAUGACGAAAUGAAUUCCACAGAAGUUGUUACUAAAGAAAAACGUAACUCUGAUAAUCAAUCAGCCAAAAGUUUAAAUUCAGAUGUAGAAUCAGUAACAUCUGAAAAUACAGAAGAAUUAAGUUCCAAAAAUCUUAAAUCAGACCUUGAUAAGAAUGAGACAAAUAUAGAAGAGUCACAGAAGACGAAUUGGAAAGUCAAAGAGGUUAUCGACGAUAAUAAAUCAUUGAAAAUAACAUUAGACAGAACUGUUGAAGAGAAAUCAAAUAAACCAUCUAAAAAUGAAUUCGAAGAUCCUGAAUUUUUAAAGUAUUUAGAAUUUCGACAGGACGCAUUAAUUGACGAACAUCCUGAACUAACACAAGAUGAAAUAACACGUUACUUGUACAAAACUUGGCUAUAUGAGGAAAGUUCAAAAUCUGAAAGUAAACGUACAGACGAAAUGGAACAAGCUAAUUUAGUUAAAGGUCUAAAAAAAGAAACAACACAACCAAAAAGAGUGAAAAAUAAAAUAAAAGUAGACAAGGAAAUUAAUGACGAUGAGGAUUUUAUACCUAAAUCAAAAUCUAAACGAAGAAUUGCUAGACCAUAUUACAACGAAGAUUACAAUGACAAUUCAGAUUUAGAUAUGGAAGAUGAAGUACAAUUAUUUGAAAUUUUCAAAAAUAAAUCAAACAGACAAUUUAAAGAGAAAAAUAAUGAAAAUUCAAAUGAGACACAAAUUAAUAUUCCAAACGGAAGUAUAGAGGAAUCUCGUAAUGACGCAAACUUUUUAAGUGACGAUGAUUUUGAUCAAGUCGAAGAAUAUUUCAGACAACUCACUGAACCAAAGCCGAAUUUAUUUAAAGGCCUUUUGAGAGAAAAAGUUUGUGAGAUUUGUGAGAAAACUGGUAAUCUAAUUAAAUGUAAGGGUUGUCAUUAUGUGUUCCAUGUUGAAUGUACUAAAAAAGAGACAGAAGUUAUUGAUAAACAAUUACCUACUAGAGGAAGAAAGAAGAAGAAGAGAAAUAGAGGUAGAAAACAGAAAGGUUUAGAUGAUUCAAACGGCUUAGAUGGUGACAGUCAGAGUGAUGAGAAAUCUCAAGAAUUGAAUGCAUCUGAAGAAAAUUUAUCAAUAGACGAAGUCGAAUCUCAUAUAAUCGUAGACGCGAAUAACUUCGAAGCUCAAUUGAGUGAUAAAAUGAAAGAAAUAAUUAACACACAAAACGAGUAUGACUUAGAUUCGAGCGAACAAGAACUCGAUUGGAGCGAUACAGAAGUGGGUAAAUGUAAAAUAAUCGAUAUCAAACUACCAAAGAAAAAUCAGAUUUCCGAUACAGAUUAUUCUGAUUUCAAAUGCCAUAAUUGUGUACGAUAUGACAAACCUAUUUGUUUUGUAUGUAGAUCUGCCACUUCACCAAAAGAUGGCAUAGAAUUUAGACAGAGGUGUCAAUUGGCUCAUUGUAAUAGAUAUUAUCAUUUAGAGUGUUUGGAACAUUGGCCUCAAACACAAUAUCACUCUGGUGAAGUUCUUAGAAAUAAUAAAAAUAUUAAAGGAUUUUUCGAGCCUGUCGUUUGUCCGCGACAUGUGUGUCAUACGUGUGUCAGUGAUGACCCUAGAGGUUGUAAGACUAGAUUCAGUGGUGAUAAACUAGCUCGGUGUGUGAGAUGUCCAGCGACCUAUCAUUCCUUCACUAAAUGUCUUCCCGCUGGUUCUCAGAUAUUGUCAGCGUCACAUGUGAUUUGUCCAAGACAUUACGAGCACAGGCCGGGCAAAGUGCCUUGUCAUGUGAACACUGGUUGGUGUUUCAUCUGUGCAUUGGGUGGUUCUCUCAUCUGCUGCGAGUAUUGUCCCACUUCAUUCCACGCUGAGUGCCUUAAUAUCAAACCACCUGAAGGUGGAUAUAUGUGUGAGGAUUGUGAGACGGGAUGCUUACCUUUGUAUGGAGAAAUGGUUUGGGUCAAAUUAGGACAUUAUAGAUGGUGGCCUGGAAUAAUCCUGCAUCCGUCAGAGAUCCCUCCCAAUAUCUUAGCUGUGAAACAUUCACCCGGAGAGUUUGUUGUCAGAUUCUUUGGUCAAUAUGAUCACUACUGGGUUAAUAGAGGACGAGUAUUUCCCUUCCAAGAAGGUGAUACGGGAAAAGUUUCAAAUCAGAAGUCAAAGAUUGAUGCAGCAUUCAAUAUGGCGAUGGAACACGCACAAAGAGCUUGCGAAAUAUUGAAGAAAGUGUCACCAAAUGAAGAAGAGCCUCCGGAUUUCGCAUCUUCUCUUCUCCCGCCACACUAUGUGAAGCUGAAGGUGAACAAGCCGUGCGGAUCUCUGUGCGGGAAGAAGAUAGAUUUAGAGGAGAGCUCGCUGACACAGUGUGAGUGCAAUCCUGAUGAAGAGGAUCCUUGUGGACCUUACUCACAGUGUCUCAAUAGGAUGCUGCUAACAGAGUGUGGUCCAUCUUGUCGUGCGGGCGAGCGUUGUAAUAACAGAGCGUUUGAGAAGCGCCUCUACCCCAAACUGGUGCCAUACCGCACCCCACAGAGGGGGUGGGGGUUGAAGACUUUGGAGGAUAUUAAAGCAGGUCAAUUCGUAAUAGAGUACGUGGGAGAAUUAAUAGACGAGGAAGAGUUUAAGAGAAGAAUGCAGAGGAAAUAUGAGAUACGAGAUGAGAACUAUUAUUUCCUAACUCUAGAUAAAGAGAGAAUGAUUGAUGCUGGACCUAAAGGGAAUCUGGCUAGAUUCAUGAAUCACUGCUGUGAGCCGAACUGUGAGACACAGAAGUGGACGGUACUGGGUGACGUCAGAGUGGGACUGUUUGCUAUGAGAGAUAUACCAGCUAAUAGUGAAGUUACUUUCAACUAUAAUCUUCAAUGCGCUGGAAUUGAGAAGAAACAGUGUCUUUGCGGAGCUAAAAGAUGUUCAGGUUAUAUUGGAGCUAAACCUAAACAGAACGAACAACCGAAGAAGAAAAAGGACGUAACAAAACGUACAUAUAAAAAGCGUAAAGUGGAAUAUUCUCCAACUGUUAGACCGAAGCCUGUCAAACGACAAACAUCACGCUCUAACCCAAAGGAGCUGACAGAGAUAGAGAAAGAUUUACUUAUUAUAAAACUAGCUACAAGUGGAAUGUCCAGUGAUUCAGAUUGUAGCGGGAGAUUGAGUGUAGAUAGUGCUAAAGAGAGAAGAACUAUGAAAAGAAAUAGAGAUAAAAUAUCUUGUGAUGAUUUAUAUAAUGAUUUUUCUUCCAGUAAUAAAAGAUUUAAAGAAGACGAUUGAUUUGUAAAAAU